GAAGGAAAGAAGCACAACGUGCAGAUCCCCUCGCUGUCCUCCCACAGAGAUGCAGGGAGCUGAGCAGCCUCAUCCUCUGUUCGGAGGAGCCCUGUCCGCAGUCAUCCCCCCCACCGCCACAGACAUCAGCGAGCUGAGGGAGAUCCCGGACAACCAGGAGGUGUUCGCCCACCCGCACACCGACCAGAGCCUCAUCGUGGAGCUGCUGGAGUACCAGGCCCAGGUAGCAGACCAGGACUCCGCCCGUUAUCACUUUGAGGACAUCGCAGGCAGCAACAAAGCUCUGGAGGCGGGAGCCUGUGCAGUGAUCAGUGUCGUGGCUCUGCCCAAAUCGGACCUGUCCCUGUCCCAGUGCAGCUCGGCCUGGAUGCUGACGGGGACGCAGAGUGUGUCCAAGUUCAACGAGGAGGCGAGGAACGCGGUGACCCUUCACCUGGGCGUGUUCCGGCUGCCUCAGUUCUCCACAGACCUCCUGAUCACCUUCAAUGACCCGCAGAGCAUCAGCCCUGACAGCAGCAGUGCAGCAGGUCUGGAGACACACAGAGGGCCGUGGACCAUGCAGGACUUUCAGCGCUUGUUGCAGACUCUGACUCUGCACAACCCCGGGCUGUUUGAAUAGAACCACUGGCAACCUCACCUGAUAACAUUCAGUCUAUCUGUGACACCAAUGGGCUACAUUCAAACCUACCAGGACUGUGCUUAUCCUGGGGCCCAAUGACAAUCUUGAGUCUCAGCCCAGAAGACUUGAAAGCAUUCCUUCCUCUGCCCUGACACACAUGAAUACACACUCUGUUCCACCUCUGGUGUUUACUUUGUCGUACAUUGAAAAUUAACUGAAAAAAAACACGAUCACACAACGUGAAGUUAUUUUUAUCAUAAUACAUUUUAGAAGAAAAGAAUAGGACUAUUCCAUUAUUUUUGGAUGGCCUGAGUAAGGCUUAUUCAUAAUUUGAAUGUGUUUAAAAAUUACCUGCAGAUAAGAUUUGAGACAAAUAUCAGACAUGCAGAUGCAGAUUCUCCACUUAAGUUUCCCAACACUUGAGAUAAGAUGAUAUGACCUUUAUUGAUCCUCCGUAGAGGAAAUUCACAAUCGACUCAGCAGCACAAGGAAGUCGCACAGCAGAGGUGAAAUGUAGUAAGAAUAAAUAUGAGAAAAUAUGAAAAUAAAUACAAACCUAUUCUUCUAAA